CCGGCGGCCGCUCCUCCCGGCACGGGCCUGGGGCCGGCGGCUGCCCGCGCCCGGCGCGAUCGGGGCUCCUGGGCAGGGCCGGCCCCGCACCGUUAACCGGCGGCCGCCUGGGGGCGAGCGGCCUCCCCGCCGUGGUGCCGGCCGCGCCGCAGCGCCGCCCCGCGCCCAGUGCGGUCCGGUCCGGCCGGCACAGCGCCCGGUGCCACAGCCCGGUCCUCCGCUCCGCUCGGUACCACAGCGCGGCCCGCGGGAGCGGAACCAGCCGCCCCUCCCCGGCACGGCGGCCGCUCUGCCCGCCGGGCUCCCGUUGCCGGGCGCGCACACGCCGCGGGCGAAGCUCGGCGGGCCGAGCCCGGGCCGCGCGCUGAUUCGCCGCGCUCGUGGGCCGUGUCCCGGCGUGGUUCUGGACGAGCCUGCUCCAUUGGAGGCGUGGAUGGUAUGAAAAGGACGAGUGGCAGCAAGGAGUGAUUCCCAAGCCCGUGGCAGUGCCAGGCAGCAGCUGCAGCACCAGCCCAAGUCUGCUGCAUCUCAGGAGCUGCCCCGAGGGAUGUGACCUCAGCCCAAGCGCUGCCUCCCAGCACUGGCGGCAUGUGAGUUCCUCCUCUGCCAAGAAGCCAGCUUGCUGUUUGAAGAGCUUUCCAGGGACACAGGCUUCAUUCGUGUCUGUAACGACCCUUCAACGUCAGUGGAUUCCAGGGCUCUCCCAAAUUAAGCUGGUCCCAGGCGUCAUGCAAGGAUCUGUGCUGGCACCUGCGCUCUCACGGAGAGAACAAUAACAUCUCCGCGUACGGCAGGCUCCUACAAGUGCCAGCUCCCUCCAUCUCCUCCAAUGCUGGCUCAGGGAUGGACUCCACCGUAUCCCUGUGAAGAGGCUCUGCAUGCUCUCAGCAGCCAGGAGGGGAUUCUGCUGCCAGCUUCUUCGCACGCUGCCCCACAGCAGGACUUGCUCGGUGGCACCUUGGGCGGGUGUCUGUUCGCACCGCCGUUUCCCUGCCGUGCCCAUCGCACCCCCAUGGAGGAGCCUCUGCACGUGUUCCGCCCCUGAGCCCGUCAGCCCGCGCUGUCCCGACGCCCCCGGGCUCCUGGCAGGCUGUUUGGCGGUGUUCCCAACUGCUCUCCCUGAUCCCAUUGCGUUCCCUCUCGCAGAGCCCAAAAAGGAUGUGAACUUUGGAAUGGGGUCUGUGAGCAGGCUGCGGACUCGGUGCGUGUGUGGGACUGUUGCUGAAUAACAGACGGGCUGGUUACUCGCUGUGGGCAGCCUUUCUGUCUGGCUGCAGGGCACCGCCGUGCCUGCGCCCUUCACCAUGUUCCUCCUGCUCCCCUUUGACAGCCUGGUUGUUAAUCUCUUGGGGAUUUCUAUAACUGUCCUCUUCACUCUGCUUCUGGUUUUCAUCAUUGUGCCAGCAAUUUUUGGAGUCUCCUUUGGCAUCCGCAAGGUUUACAUGAAAACAUUACUGAAGAUUUUUCAGUGGGCAACGCUGAGAAUAGAGCGCGGUGCCAAGGAGAAGAACCAUCCGUUAUACAAGCCCUACAUCAAUGGUAUCAUUGCAAAGGAGCCAACAUCCCUGGAAGAGGAGAUCAAGGAGAUCCGCCGGAGUGGCAGCGGCAAAGCCCUCGACACUCCUGAGUUUGAGCUCUCCGAUGUCUUCUAUUUCUGCCGCAAAGGCAUUGAGACCAUCAUGGAUGAUGAAGUGACCAAGAGGUUCUCAGCUGAAGAGCUGGAGUCCUGGAACCUGCUCAGCAGGACCAACUACAACUUCCAAUACAUCAGCCUGCGCCUGACGGUGCUCUGGGGCCUGGGCGUGCUCAUCCGCUACUGCUUCCUCCUGCCGCUGCGGAUAGCCCUGGCGUUUACUGGCAUCAGCUUGUUGGUGACUGGUACCACAGUGGUGGGAUAUUUGCCAAACGGCAGGUGUAAGGAGUUCCUGAGCAGGCACGUCCACCUGAUGUGUUACCGGAUCUGCGUGCGUGCCCUCACUGCCAUCAUCACCUACCACGACCGAGAAAACCGGCCGCGGAAUGGAGGCAUCUGCGUGGCCAACCACACAUCUCCCAUUGACGUGAUCAUCUUGGCCAGCGAUGGCUACUAUGCAAUGGUGGGUCAGAUCCACGGGGGGCUCAUGGGUGUGAUUCAGAGAGCCAUGGUGAAGGCUUGCCCCCACGUCUGGUUUGAGCGCUCUGAGGUCAAAGAUCGUCACCUCGUCGCCAAAAGGCUCACGGAGCACGUCCAGGACAAGAGCAAACUGCCGAUUCUCAUCUUUCCAGAAGGAACCUGCAUCAACAACACCUCCGUGAUGAUGUUCAAGAAGGGGAGCUUUGAAAUUGGAGCCACAGUUUAUCCCGUAGCCAUCAAGUACGACCCGCAGUUUGGAGAUGCCUUUUGGAACAGCAGCAAGUACGGCAUGGUGACCUACCUGCUCAGGAUGAUGACCAGCUGGGCCAUUGUCUGCAGCGUCUGGUACUUGCCCCCGAUGACCCGGCAGCCCGAAGAGGACGCUGUGCACUUUGCCAAUCGAGUGAAGUCAGCCAUUGCCAGGCAGGGAGGCCUCGUGGAUCUGCUCUGGGAUGGAGGACUGAAGAGGGAGAAGGUGAAAGAUGCGUUCAAGGAGGAGCAACAGAAACUCUACAGCAAAAUGAUUGUAGGCAACCACGAGGACCGGAGCCGCUCCUGAGCCCUCCGCCUCCGGCGCCGGCUGGUCUGAGGCAGCUCCGAAUGUGUGGACUUUGGGGACUCCAUAGCCGCCCGGGCCGGCUCCUUCAGCCUCUGGCCGUUCGUUCCAGAGGCGCCAAUUCUGCCUGGAGUCUCUGGGCAGCUCUCGGCAAAGAUGCCUUCUUGUUACUGUUACAGUGAAGCCCCUUGCAGGGGCAACAUUAAAUGAAACACUUAUGGUG